AUGGUUGCACUGUACAGUCAGCAUUCAAAGGACUCUGCAUGUGUAAGCAGAAUCACAAUGGAAUUCGCUUGUGGGUUUGUCUAUGUGCCGCCGUCAGUGAGUCAGAAGGAUGGCCAACAAUCCAGCGCCAAUGUCAUUAAACGCUCAGCUCUCCUGCCUCCUGUUAGCCGAAUUCGUCCUCGCACUCCUCCACCUCCUCCUCCAACAAACUCUGCAGAAGCAAAAUCACCAAAAUUCCAGACAUCUACCCCAAAGAUCAUUGAAAAGUUGGAAAAAAGCAAAGUGAAGAAGGUUGUAAAGCCCACUCCCUUCUAUGAAAAUGCAGAAUUUCACAAUCAGCGGAAGACUGCUUCUUCCAUCAAUACAACAGCUCAACAGACAACAUCUCCUCGAAGGACAGCUCUUCUUCCACCACACAUGAGACCUGCAGCAAACAGCCAUUCCUUUUCUUACAGCCAGCCACUCGACUGUCAGACAUUUACCUAUGACCUGCCAAAAAAUGAGCCAGAUUUAGAUGCCCAUUCCUGGGACCCGCACUACUCAUACAGUACACCGGAAGGCAAUGGGGGCUUGGUGAAGCUGCCAACUGAUGCUAGCAAUGUGCCGGGCCAGACACCAGCCCCAGCCCUCCCACCGAGACCUUCAUUCAUGAAGUCAGUGCCAGAGUACCUGGUGCUGUUACCCUCGUCCCUCUCAUCUCCUUCAUCCUCUCAGAAAUCACCUCCAACCUCAUCACUUUCCCAAUCGUCUAGCGGAAAGGGAUCAGCAGAUAAGGAGCCUCUUCCAGGGAAUCCUAAUGUUGUCCUUGUCAGUUUAGGGAAAUUACUCUCAGAGGAAAGAGGGCAGUGCAUACUGGGUGAACCCACCUCCUGCUCCCAGUGUGGCUCUGUGCUGGACUCCUGCUAUGACAAUGUGGUUAAUGUGUGUCACUUCUGUCAGUCCUCGGAGUUGACCAGCCCUCCCAGUAUACCACCCAGUAUUCACUUUUUGCUAAAUCCAGAUGAACAGCCCCUGUGUGCUCCUGAUGCUCUGCUCCUCUUCUGCAUCGACAUCUCAGGCUCCAUGAGCAUCACCUCCCAGGUGUCGGAGGGAGAGCAUUUUGUCCACAGAUCCCGUCUCCAGUUUGUCCAGCAAGCCGUGGUGCAGUGUGUUCAGAGACUAAGUGAACAGCAACCAGACAUAAGAGUGGGGCUCAUCACCUUCAACUAUCAGGUUACAAUGUAUGGAUAUGAGAAUUUCUCGUCACGUUUCCUGACUGGUGCUGAGCUGACAGAGAGGAACUAUCUGAAAGAGGCUGCAGCCAGUUUCCCCAGUCCACCUCCACUCUCACAGACCAAGGACUUCUUACAGAGACAAGUAAUGGGAUUAUCUGAAAGUGGGACCACAGCUCUGGGUCCAGCUGCUCUCGUGGCAAUUGCAAUGGCCUCCAGACAGCCAGGGUCCAAAGUGAUUAUCUGUACAGAUGGGAAGGCCAACACAGACUUAGGAAAUCUGGAGGUAGAGGAUAAUGAUGCUGGCACCCUUCUCUCUUCCACCAUCUUCUACCAGGAGCUGGGGGAGUAUGCUGCCAAUCAGGGAGUGACGGUGUCUGUGCUGUCCAUAGAGGGAACAGACUGCCGGCUGGAUCAGUUGGGCAGACUCGCCGAUCGCACUGGAGGGAAAGUGGUAAUAGCAAGUCCGAACAGGCUGCAUCCAGAGUUUGAACAGAUCAUUGAGAACAGGACCAUCGCUACACACUGUACUGUUACACUACUGCUGCCCAAAUCACUGUGUAUGAGAGGAGAAAGGGAGGCUGGACACAAAGGGACCAGAGAGGUGGGGAACGUGGACCCAGAUACAGAGAUCACCUUCCAGUUUGGAGCCAAUGAACAGGACACAGAAGUACCACCACCAACCUCUGGUAGCUGUGUAUCCAUCCAGCUGCACAUCAAGUACAGGCAGAGGAACGGACAGACGAUGCUCAGAGUGAUAACUUCACACCGAGAUGUUACUGAUGACAGCUCGGCGGCGCUGUCCUCUCUGUCUCUGGCCAUCAUUCAGCUCAACUCAUCACAGGCCAGCGCCGCUCUGGCUGUCAGAGGCCGCUUCCUGAACGCCAGGAGGGAAGCAGAGCUGCAGAGGAAGCUGAUAGAGAGAGCAAUUGAACAUAAUCACAGUGCAACGGACAGACAGACAUACAAAGAAUGGGUUAAAACCAUGGAUCCAAUAUACUACAACAUUCAUAACUUCACGCGGAGAAAAUCUGUCAUUUCCGACUCACAGUCUCUAACAGACGCUGGUGCAGUGCUACUCUACACCAUGAAGCACAGCAACAGGAAGUCCAUCUCACUGAAGAAUAAACAUAAACUCUAGCCAACUGUCAGCCUCUACUGUUUACCUUGAUGGAAGCAACUCAAGCCAUGAUUGACAAGGAUAAAUACUGCAAUUUGACUUUGAUUAUCUGGCUGAAUAAUGAUCCUGCAAAUACUUCACAAUGUAAAUAAUGUAUUACUGUUUAUCAGCUGAAAAAGUGGUCAUCUGUGUUAUAAAGAAACUUAUUUCUCUGUGAGACCUUAAA